AUGGCGUCGUCUUCAUCAAAUGUAGUGGGUGUCCACUACCGCGUGGGCAAGAAAAUCGGAGAGGGAUCAUUUGGUGUCAUCUUUGAGGGUACCAACCUGCUCAACAACCAGCAGGUUGCUAUCAAAUUCGAACCCCGCAAGAGCGAUGCUCCUCAGCUCCGCGAUGAGUACCGGACAUACAAGAUCUUGGUUGGAUGCCCCGGUAUUCCUAACGUCUAUUACUUCGGACAAGAGGGUUUGCACAACAUUCUUGUGAUCGACCUGCUUGGCCCUAGUCUGGAGGAUCUCUUCGACCACUGCAACCGUAGAUUCUCUACCAAGACCGUUGUCAUGGUUGCUAAACAGAUGCUUUCCCGUGUGCAAACAAUCCACGAGAAGAAUCUGAUUUACCGGGAUAUCAAGCCUGACAACUUCCUCAUUGGACGCCCUGGCACAAAGGCUGCCAACGUCAUACAUGUUGUUGACUUUGGCAUGGCCAAGCAAUACCGUGACCCCAAGACUAAGCAGCACAUCCCCUACCGUGAGCGCAAGUCAUUGUCUGGUACCGCCCGAUAUAUGUCUAUCAACACACAUCUCGGUCGCGAGCAGUCCCGACGUGAUGACUUGGAGGCCCUGGGACACGUCUUCAUGUACUUCCUUCGUGGAGGUCUCCCCUGGCAGGGACUGAAGGCUGCUACCAACAAGCAAAAGUACGAGAAGAUUGGUGAGAAGAAGCAGACCACCGCCAUCAAGGAUCUCUGUGAUGGCUACCCCGAGGAAUUCAACAAGUACCUGAGCUACGUGCGCAACCUUGGUUUCGAGGACACCCCCGAUUAUGACUACCUCCGUGAUAUUUUGACUCAGGCCCUCAAGAACGGCGGAGAUGUGGAAGAUGGAGAGUAUGAUUGGAUGAAGCUGAACAAUGGCCGCGGAUGGGACUAUAAGUCGUAUUCGUCACAGGCUCAUCUCCAAAACCAGCACCAGACCUCGUCGGGGCGCGAUCUCCACGCGAGCCAGAUGCGCCACAGCCAACAACGGCCCGGAGUGACUGCCGACCGUUUAAACGCGGCGCAGCCCCCUCCUCCUUCUCCAGCAAAGGGACCAGGCAAGACACCUCGAGACCGCCCAAGCGGCAGCGGUAUGCCACCGAAACGCGCGAGCGGGGGCUUUGAGACCGGGACUCCGGCAGCAUCAACGACAGCGCAGUUCCAGAACUCCAACGCGCACCUGCCUCGCCACAGUAGCCCCGGAAACCAAGGACUGAACAGCCAGCAGCUUGGUGGCGCGCAAGGAAACAGUGACACGCAGCCCACUUUCGUUCAGAAAGUCAUGAAGGCCCUCUGCUGCGGUAGGUGA